CGAACCCCAGAAGGCGCCGCCUACCGCCAGCGCAGGGCGGGGUUGUUGUCUACCGCUCGCCGCGUCCCUGGCUUCCUGAGGAGGAAGCUGGGUUUCCUGUUCACGCCCUGAGGCGCUGGUCCCGGGUUCGAGAGCCAGGGGCUUCUCAGCGCCCGCCCGUCCGCCCGCCCGGAGCGACUCCGGGGCCGAGCAGCGAGCGACAUGGAAGCCGAGGACUUCCAAGACGAGCUGACCUGCUCCAUCUGCCUGGACUACUUCCAGGACCCGGUGUCCAUCGAGUGCGGGCACAACUUCUGCCGUCACUGCCUGAACCGCAGCUGGACACCGAGCGUCGGCUACUUGCUCUGCCCCGAGUGCCGGCAGCAGUCAACGCCCCGCGCGAUGCGGCCCAACUGGGCCCUGGCCAGGAUCACGGACAAGAGGCGGCGCGGGCGGCAGGGCGCGGGGUCUCAGGAGCUGUGCCGCCGCCACCGGGAACCCCUGCGGCUCUUCUGCGAGGUCGACCAGCGGCCCGUGUGCUUGGUCUGCAGGGAGUCCCAGGAGCACCAGGCCCACGCCAUGGCACCCAUCGACGAGGCCUUUGAGGACUACCGGAAAAAACUUGUUAGCGCUGAAUGUAGGCUUGAAGUCAAGAUGAAGAUGGCUAUGCAGUUACAGGACACAGAACUGAAGAAUGCUACAAAGUGGAAGGAGAAGAUAAAGAAUCAGGAAAUGAGAAUCAGCACAGAAUUUUCAAAGCUGCACCACUUUCUUGCUGAUGAAGAGCAGUUGAUUCUUCAGAGACUGAGAGAAGAAGAUGAAGAAACACAGAAGAAAAUGAAUGAGAACAUGUUAACGCUCAAUCAAAUCAUCACUUCCUUGAAGAAGCUCAUCCUGGAGGUGGGGGCGAAGAGCCAGGCUUCCACUUUGGAGUUGCUUCAGAAUCCCAAAGAUGUGUUGACAAGGUGUGAGAACCAGGAUGAAGUGAACUAUUCCCCUGAAGUUCUAAAUGUGAAGACAGUGUGCCAGAUACCAAUGAUGAAGGAAAUGCUGAAGAGAUUCCGAGUGGCUGUAAGCCUAGCUGAAGAUACAGCUCAUCCCAAACUUAUCAUCUCCCAGGAAGGGAGAUAUGUGAAAAAUGGAGCACCAGCCAGUUACUGGCCAGUAUUUUCUACAGCAUGGAGCUACUUCACUGGACGGAAGACUCCUCAGAACAACACACAUGUUGAGAGAUUUCAGCACUUGCCUUGUGUCCUGGGAAAAAAUGUUUUCACUUCAGGAAAACAUUACUGGGAAGUGGAGAAUAAAGAUAACCUAGAGAUUGCUGUGGGGGUGUGUCGGGAAGAUGUCAUGGGGAUUAAUGAUAGUAGAGAAUUAUCCCCACAUAUGGGAAUCUGGAUCAUUUACUGGAGUUCAGCUGGCUAUCGGCCCUUGACAAGCCUUCCUGUCAUUCCUGUCAAACAAGAACCAGCUCUUCACCGGGUUGGGAUUUACCUAGAUCACGGCGCUGGGAAUGUUUCAUUCUACAGCGCUGUGGAUGGAGUGCACUUACACACUUUCUCUUUUCCUUUCGUUUCACGCCUCAGGCCAUUUUUUUGGUUGAGUCCGUUGGCAUCUUUAGUCAUCCCAGUAGCUGAUGGAAAAUAAAGCCAUUCUUCUCCUGUCAGAAAGUCCCUCUUUGUACCCCAGGUUAGGGACAUAUGUGUCUUAGCCCUCCUUUACAUCAUGUUGUUUCAUACAUCCUCAGUAGUCUGUCAAUAGCGUCGUUUCAGAUUCUGAUUUCAUGUUGUUUGGUCCUGUGCAUAGGUGGAUGUGAAAGACCUGAACGGUUGCCCUUCCAGUGUACACUCCCUUAGUUCUUGUCUUUGGAAUCUUUCUAAUGGAAUUUCUGGGCCUUGCUUCAGAGGAGUGGUGCUGAGGAAGCAAUCAUGUGAAGUAGUUCUAGCCAUGGAGAUGGGAUGGGAAAUUUUCCAAGGUGCUUCUGUUUGGUGUCUUGUAACCUUUGAAAAGAGAUACUUGGAAAGACAACAGUCCUGCUUCAACAUUAGCAGCUGUGUUAGGGCUGAGAAUACAGAAAAGGUAGAAGCAGCCUGGUGUCUGGCCAUCAUUAAACUGUUGAAAUUUUCCUAAUCGCACAAUUUUUAUAUGAGAUAAUCACACUCUUACUAUCUAAGACCAUUUUAAUUGCAUUUGGUUAUUUAUAGCCCAUAGUACCCUGAUGGUUAUUAAGGGCACAGAGCAUGGGCAUCCUACAGUCUUACCUAACUUUUUGAAAUUU